GGGGGUGAAAACGAUGUCGCACGGGACAACCAUGUCACGUUGCAACAAUAGCAAUGUCACCCGGCCCUCUCUGCAGUGACCCUGCACAGCAAAGGAUGCUGGGAAAUAACAAACACUAUUAUCCCGGGGAGGACGACAAGGAUGGGGAGGAUGAGGAAGAGGAAGAGGAGCAGGGACAAGAUAACAACAAGGGGGAUGGUAGAGAGAAGGAGAAUGGAGGGAUGGAGGGGCUCGAGGAGAUUGAGAUGAAGGGAGGCAGACAAUCACGCGAAGGGAAAGGGGAGGGAGGUAAACCCUCAGCCAUUGUAGUUGGAAGGCAGAGAGGGGACCGGACACUGAGGCCAGACAAUCCAGGAAAUAGAGGCAUCCCUUACACGUCCAAUCAGGCCCCUCAUAAGCAGCAGCACCAGCAGCAGUAUCACCCGGCCCCAUCCACUCAGACCCAGAAAAGACGUGCUCACAUGGAGCGCAGUAUGACCACAGUGGCACCCAUAGAGGACACUCGACUGACCAUGAUGGUGUUCCGCAUUGGAAUCCCUGACAUCAAACAGACAAGGUGUCUGCAGUUUGACCCUGACUUCACAGUUUGGAGCGCCAAGCAGGAGGUCAUCUGUUCGCUGAGCGAGCCACUGUGGGACGUCUAUAACUAUGGCCUCUUUCAGCCCGCCGGAGACGGAUGCGAUGCCAUGUUCCUGGAGGAGGAGCGCUGCCUCCGAAACUACCCACAGUCCUUUGAGAAAGGGGUGCCUUACCUGGAGUUUAGGUACAAGACCAGGGUAUACAAACAGACAAACCUGGAUGAAAAACUACUUACAAAAUUGCACACCAAGGUGAGUCUGAAAAAGUUCAUGGACUACAUUGCAAGUGGAUCAAUAGAUAAGAUGUCAAAAGCCCUGGAAAAAGGUCUCGACCCAAACUACCAUGACCCUGACAACGGAGAAUCCCCACUGUCUGUGGCGGUGCAGUCUGGCAUGACAGUGGAGGGGAUCAGGGUGCUCGUUCAGGGUGGGGCCCAUGUGGACUUUAGAACCAGAGAUGGACUGACAGCUGUACACAAGGCUGUCAGGGCACACAAUCACGUUGCACUGCUGGCUCUUCUGUCCCUGGGAGCAUCUCCUAACUACAAGGACCGAUGUAGCCUGACCCCACUGUACCACUCAGUGCUGACAGGUGGUGACACCUCCUGCUGCGAGACCCUACUCUACUACAGGGCCAGACUGGGAGUGAGGGAUGAGAAUGGCUGGGAGGAGUCUCACCAGCUCAGGGAUGAAGAGGAAUUUGGAAUGCAAGAGAUACACAAGGCCUGCCAGAAUGGUUUUGCCCAGCACUUGGAGCACCUUCUGUUCUAUGGGGCAGAUGCCACUUCUCAGAAUGCCUCAGGGAACACCGCACUUCAUAUUUGUGCUCUGUAUAAUAAGGAAAGCUGUGUUCGUGUUCUGCUCUACAGAGGGGCCAGUAAGGAAAUUAAGAACAAGCAUGGACAAACCCCCUUUCAGGUAGCAGUAAUGUCGGGCCAUUUUGAACUUGGGGAAAUCCUCAAAAACCACAGAGAUGCAGAUGUAGUGCCCUUUCUGGAAUCCCCAAAGUAUGCUCCCAAAAGAGGAGAGAGUGCACGCACGCUCCCUCUCCUCAUGGCUCACCCCUACCCCCUCCUGCGUGCUAACAGUGACAACAGCAUGACCCUGCCUGACUCCAUGGCCCUAUCCAACAAGGCUGCUGGAGCCAAUCCCAUCCCUGGAAAGGGUCGCAGGGCCUCUGAGGGUGUGAGGAGCUCCAGCAGUCCCAGGGCCCGUACCCGCUCCCCGUCGCGAGGAGGAGGGCAGAGCGACACGGAGGAGAGGCAUCAAAGCAAACCACAGCGCGGCAGACAGGGUGCGACCUCAGCGGGUAGUGGCGGGUGGUCAGCUGGGGGUCAGAUGAGGCAUAUGUACAGUGCGGUCCCAGGGCGAGUGUACAUGGCCACGAGGGCCUACACUGCCCACGGAGACAAAGAGCUCAGCAUCAGCAAAGGAGACAAAGUCAAAGUGUUGAGUGUUGGAGAGGGGGGGUUCUGGGAGGGCACAGUGAAAGGUCGUACAGGCUGGUUCCCCUCAGAUUGUGUGGAGGAGGUGGGUCCUCCCAGUAAGGACAAUCGAUCAGAGACGCGCAGUGAGAAAGCCAAGAGGAAGCUGUUUCGUAAUGUCACCAUGGGAGCAUAUGAUGGCGUGGAUGGCCCCAGUGACUACAUCAUUAAGGAGAAGACAGUGCUCCUGCAGAAGAAAGACAAUGAGGGCUUUGGCUUUGUGCUUCGGGGAGCCAAAGCCCAGACUCCUAUAGAGGAGUUCACGCCGACCCCAGCAUUCCCCGCGCUGCAGUACCUGGAGUCUGUGGAUGAGGGCGGUGUGGCCUGGAGGGCUGGCCUAAGGAUGGGGGACUUCCUUAUUGAGGUCAAUGGUCACAAUGUCGUGAAGGUGGGCCACAGGCAGGUGGUCAACAUGAUCAGACAAGGUGGCAACACUCUGAUGGUCAAGGUUGUCAUGGUGGCCCGCAACCCGGAGAUGGAGGACACCAACCCCAGGAAGAAAGUCCCCCAGCAGGCUAAGAGGCUGACUCCUCCUGCCAUUGCCCUGCGCUCCAAAUCAAUGACAUUAGAGCUGGAAGACAUGGUGGAGAAAGGUGGGAAAAGGUUGAGUUGUGUAUCAUCAUUGUCAUCAUCAGUGUUAAAGUAUGUACUGGGUUCAUUCAUGUUAUUUUGUGAUAUUACAGCAGUCUCGGUAUACUGUCAUAGCAUAAUAUGAUUACCUUCUUUUCUCUAAUAUGCUGCAGCUGCCUCUCCAUGGAAAAAGAAAGCAGAGUACGAGUCCUCCCAGGUGCCUGAUAAGAAGAGGACAGUCUAUCAAAUGGCACUAAAUAAACUGGAUGAGAUCCUGGCAGCAGCUCAGCACACGAUUGCGUCAGACGGACAGGGGCAGCGGGGUCACGGGGGGAAGAGAGAACGAACCAAGAGCAUCGCCCCCAAUGAGCCAAGUCAUGACCAGUUGGUUGGUGUAAUGCCGCCUGGCUUCAACCAGGGUCAGUAUCCCCCCGGCCAUCCGCAUGGAGUAAUGUUGCGACAGAAAUCUAUUGGUGUGACGGAGGAGGAGAGGCAGUCCCUCCACACCCCGGCAAUGAAACUGGCCCGUAGCCUGUCAGAGGACAUCCCCCCUCCCCCCAACACAUCCGCCCCAGAACCCCCCUUGUCUGCUGGACCCCACACUGCUCGGAGGGGGGAGCAGUCUGCCCCCCAGCCACUGUCCUCCCAGGCCCAGGCCCACUACCAGGCCCUCUCCACCCAACAACAAGCAGCGCAUGAUGCCCAGACAGGUUGGGACAGUCAACAGCACGGCAUGACCACCACCCUCCAGAGAGGAGGAGGACAACACACAGGGGAUCCCACGGAGGGGACGAGGAGAGGAGGGGGAAAAAUGGGGGCAUUGAGGAGGGGCUACAGUAGUGCUACUCCACCUACAAGUGCAGCUCCCACAACUCAACAGCAACCCCAGCAGCAACAGCAGCCCCAGCAACAGCAAGUGGCGGCCCGGGAGAGGAUCGGCGGGGCAAGCAGGGGCGGGGGAGUCAGGAAGGGUGGGAGGGGCCCUCUAGUGAAGCAGCCCACAGUGGAAGGUGGGCUCGGCAGGCACCACAGAGGGGGGCAAGGCCAGGGGGGUAAAAGCUCCGGUGCCAAAGAGAAGAGCUCCAUCCCCAUCCCCACCAUCAUCGUCAAGGCUCCAUCCACCAGCAGUGGCAGUGGCCGCAGCAGCCAGGGCAGCAGCAUGGAUGCCGAGCAACCGCCUCCCGACAUAGACGACCCUACCUCCCCCCCUGCCUCUCCCGACACCUCCACCACCCCCGGCCCGCCUUCCACCGUGGCCCCCUCACCACCCCAGCCCCCUGUCUCCUCCCCCAUGACCCCUUCGACUGUCGCUCCCCAGCUGCCCCCUAACCUGGAGAACCUGGACUUCACCACCCAGUUCGGGGGGGCCUUCGUCGGGGCAGCGCGCCGGGACCGGGAACGUUUCCGUGACAUGAGGAGGAAGAGUGCUUCCUUCUUCCUCUCCUCUGAAGAGGAUGUCCAAGGGGAGGCGGGGGGAGGUGGAGGGGUAUGGACCCAGCCCCUACAGGGGAUGGGGAUCGAUGUCCCCACCCCCCGCCUCCGCCCUUCCAAGUCGAUUGACGAGGGCAUGUUCUCUAGGGACAAUUACAUCCACUACGCCAGCAGUAUGCCCCCUGCCUUUGGGCUACCUGAGUACCACUCCCCUGUGAUGGGCCAGGAUGGCCAGCCCAAGUCCGCUCCCUCCAACUACGGCCCAGGCACUCCAGCCACCACCUUCAUCCACCCUUUGACUGGGAAAGUCCUGGACCCCUCGUCCCCCCUGGGCCUGGCGCUGGCUGCACGAGAGAGGGCCCUCAAGGACGACCGGAGGACCCGACGGGAGGAGCGGCACUUUGGCCGGCAGAUGUCCAGCGUGGGGGUGUUCCCUACAUCUCUCCCGUCUCCCACGCCAUCCCUGUUUUCCACAUCCACCACCACCACCUCACACGCCUCACUGAACCGCCCACAGUCACCCAGGAUAUUGCGCUUGGGAGGGGGAGGAGAGAGAGUGGAGAGGGACCAGGCGGCUGGAGCCAGAGAGGGCCUCAGAGUUCGCUUUUCAGAGGACAGAACCAAUCAGUACCAGACCCAAUAUUACCAACAGAGUCCAAGAGACAGGGAGCCACCUGGCCCACCCAUGCAGCCGCCCGGCCCGCCGCCUCAGCCUGCACCCCGCAGACCCUCGUUCCUGCAGAUGGAGAGCAGUGCAAACGCUAGCUACAUCCCCCAGUACACCCUCACCGCAGCCCCAGCACACCCACAUGAAGGUGGGGGAGAGGGAGGAGUUGGAGGGGGACUGGGGCUCAUGGUUCUUACCCCGCCUGCACCCUCGAUAGAUUUGGACGAUGAGUUUGUCUUUGUUGACCCCCUGCCCCCUCCCUUGCAGUUCGCCAACGGCCAAGGCCAGCGAGAAAUGCAGAGGGGGUACCCUCAACAGCAUCAACACUCAGCUCAACACGUCUCUUCCGCCAUGCCACCCCCACCGCCCCCCCUCCCCUCUCCUAAAGUACCUCCACCAGGAGGCUUCCCCUCCAACGCCCCCCUCCCCUCCCCCCAGGCCGGGGACUCUGCCGCCUCCAGCCUAACAUCCUACGACAGCGAGGUGGCCAACCUCACCCAGUCAGGUCUAUCUCCCUCCCUUCCCUCACCCCAGAUAUUCCCCCCUUCCUCCACCACUACAGCUACCUCCAUUUUACCCGCACCCGCACCCUCACUCCACAGACCCCAGCCCAUGUCGCAUACACACCCCUUCUUCAGUGACCCCACCGUACCAGUUAACCCCGCUAAUAUGGGUGCCCCUGCUCCCCAAAUGACCUCAGCACAGUACCGCGGCCCGGCCACCCUCACUACAACUAUGACCUACGCCACAACAACGACCAUGACCGCUGCCGCCACUGCUACCACAGCCUCUGUGGUGUCGUCAGACUACAACGCGUCUCUGAAAGCCCCCAGAACCGCCAUCAACACUGCAGGCAAGGCAGGAGACCACCACCCCUCCAUGAUGAAGACUGGAGACUGGCAGACAGAGACGGUGGUGGACUCUGGGAUCGAGGAGCUGGACAGCCACAACAGCGGCGACCAGCACCUGGAAAUACUGGGAGUGAGUGAACUGACAGGUGAGAGAGGAGGAGGAGGAGUAGAAGGUGACGGAUGGGGUGGCGAGCACCCAGAUCCUUAUAUGACCUACUCAGACGGGCAAGUGUUUGAAGCACACCCCACCAAACACACGACCAAGCCAACCGUGUAUCCAAAGACGAUGCAGUACAAAGAGGGCGGUAUCAAGGACACAAGAGAAGCGUUGCGUCGACAGGUGAGCACCAACCCGCCCUACCAGAACACCCCACCACACCCCCAGAGACAGGCUAACCCAGAGGAGGAGGCCAGGAGAGGAGAGGGAGGAGCAGCGGACGAGAGGAAACAACGUAGACAGAGUCGACCCAAGAUGGAGGACGGCUUCGGUUCCACCCUGGCUGCUUGUCUGGAGCGGCCCAACACCUUGGAGCCAAGGGGUUCAACCGAGGGGGUCGACCCGGGACAGGGCCUGGAGCGAGGUGAGGCCCAGAGGGACGGGAUGUCUAUUGAGGGGCGCAGGCUGCACUCGCCACUCUCGGGGAUGAAGGCCAGCAUCAUCAACGAGCUGAGCUCCAAGCUUCAGCAGAUGAGCAAUAAGAGCACAGACGACUGGGGUCAGUCUGAGAUGCGAGGUCAGAGUCCCAUUAGUCUGAGGUCACCCACAAUGCACAGAUAUUCUGGGGAUUUCUCCGCCUCGUUUCAGAGCCCCCCCACAGCCCGCUCCACUUCCCCCUUACCCACCUCCUCCCCGCAGCAUCGCCCGCCAAUCCUCACCCCCAAUCUCACCGCCACCCCCUCCGGCUCGCCCUCCCACCAGCCCACACUGGCCCAACUGGACCCGCUCCCCCUCCCCCAGAUACCCACCUCCCCCUCUCACUUCUCUCACCCUCCUCUCUCCCCCACCUACUCACCCUAUCCCACGUCACCCAAACACCGCACUAAGUAUCGUGGAGCCAAGAUUUUUGACUUCCAGUGUACCCCUGGUCCAGAGCUGAGGUCGUCUGUGUCACGCCGGCGCGCCCCCAGCCCCCUCAUAUACUCCACAGACCGCCCCAGCCCCGCCCCUCCCAGACCAUCCUCCCUCCCCAUCCUCCCCAGCACCCAUGUCUACAACACCCCCUUUGAUUUCCCCUCACCCCUCACCCCUUCAUCCCCAAGCCACACCCUAGGAGACUCUUACAACCCCUCCACACCGCCUCUCUUCCCCACAUCCCCACAACCUCCCAGUGCCCUCCUGGUCUCCCGCUCCCUUUCACCCACCCAGUUCCUCUCCGGCGCCUCCUCGCCCUCCAUGCACAUGCCCCCCUCUCCGUCCUGCCUCAGCUAUCCCCACCACACCCCUCCUCCCCCAGCCAAACCCUUUACCAUCAAGCCCCUGUCCUACUGGACUAGGUGGGACGUGGCCGACUGGCUGGCCUACCUAAACCUGGGGGAGCACCGGGAGCGCUUUCUGGACAACGAGAUUGACGGCUCCCACCUGCCCUCCCUCACCAAGGACGACUUCCUGGACCUGGGGGUGACGCGCGUCGGCCACCGCAUGAACAUCGAAAGAGCGCUGAAGACACUGACUGACAGGUGAGGAAGGAGCGGCAUGGACAGAGUCAACGCACAGACAGAGGCUACAUGUCAGCCAAGUGGCGAGUGGAAAUACAGAGAGAGAAAAAGAAGGAAAGGAUGGAGAAGGAAAGACAAGUGCCUCUUUCCUUCCCUGCGAGCCAGAUGAUUCCAUCCCCUUCCCUUUUAGCAUAAAGCCUUUGUUAAUUUGAUACGUUAUUCCAUCUCUCUCUCUCUCUCUCUCUCUCUCUCUCUCUCUCUCUCUCUUUCUCUCUGUCUCUCUCUCU